CCAUGGGCGUAGGAAACGGAUUUCAGGUUUGCUAUUGGUCGAGCAAGGUGUCAAUCAUCUAGUAAAGUGGGCGGGAUUAAAGAAAAAUGGCGACUUUAUCUGUCGGAGACCCUCAAGAGAUGGAAGUGGAUAGGAGGGGUGAGUCUGAGGAAUCUGGUGAUGAUGAGACCAAGAGGAAGAGUCUCAAUGGAGAGGUCGACUCCUUGCAAGCCCCUUCGACUGUGCCUGAGGAGUCACCUGUUGACAUGGACACCAUAACCUUAGACCCAGAUGAAGAGGAUGUGGAUCUGGUCCACUGUCGCAUUGGGAAGAUUGAGGGUCUGGAGGUUCUUCGGAAGGCAAAGACAAUUUCUCUUAGACAAAACCUCAUCAAACGCAUUGAGAACUUGGACAGCCUCGUCUCAGUGAGGGAACUCGAUCUUUAUGACAACCAGAUCCGCAAACUAGAGAAUCUUCAGGCCCUGACAGAGCUUGAGCAGCUAGAUGUAUCGUUCAACUUAUUGAGGAAGAUUGAGGGAUUGGAGUGUCUCUCAAAAAUCAAGAAACUCUUCCUGCUUCAUAAUAAGAUUACAAGCAUUGCCAACCUCGAUCAACUGACGAGCCUCCAGAUGCUUGAGCUGGGCUCCAACCGCAUCAGGGUUAUUGAGAAUCUGGAUUGUCUUACUACUUUGGAGAGUUUGUUCCUUGGGACGAAUAAAAUCACGCAGCUACAGAACCUUGAUGGAUUGCACAGUCUGACGGUUCUCAGUAUCCAGAGUAACCGCAUCACGAGGUUGGAAGGACUCCAGAAUCUUGUGAAUCUGCGAGAGCUUUACUUGAGUCAUAAUGGCAUUGAAGUCAUUGAGGGCCUGGAGAACAAUAAAAAGCUGACAACUUUGGAUAUCGCUGCGAACAGGAUAAAAAAGAUUGAAAAUAUCAGCCAUUUGACUGAAUUAAAAGAAUUUUGGAUGAAUGACAACCAAAUUUAUAACUGGGCAGACUUGGAUGAACUCAAGAACGCCAAAGAUCUAGAGACUGUCUAUCUGGAGAGAAACCCUUUGCAGAAGGACCCUCAAUACAGACGCAAGAUCAUGUUGGCUCUUCCCAGUGUCAGGCAGAUAGAUGCCACCUUCAUCCGUUUCUGAUCAUCCACCUCAUUGUGCCCUCGCUCACCCAAACCAUCCACAGCAUAUUAUAAACACACCACUUCCAUAUUACCCUCAUGGACACCAUAUGCACUAUUUAUCUCUUUUAUUUACUUUUUAACAAAAAAAAGAAGAAUCUCACAUUCCCAGUGUUACCAUUCCACGUCCUGGCACCUUUUACUCACACUAUGCUCUGACUUGUGCUACAGUGUGAAUGCUUGUUAAUUUAUUUUCAGUUUAGGACCUGAUCAUUCUGAACUCAAAGGAGCUGACCUGUUGUUUGGAAAAUAUCUCUUACUGUCCUUUACAUUUUGGUUAGGAAAUCAUUUCAUCAUAGUUAUCCCUUUCCAGGCUUAUUUACUAUACGAGGUGGUAAAAAGGUCCAAAUUCACGUUGCAUUCAGGUACUAAAGAUGGCUAUGAGGAACUUCUUAUUCUUUGAUGUGAUCAGGGACUAUUUAUGUGAGUGUUAUGCUCUUAUGGAUUCUGUUUGCAUAUCAGUUCUGUUUCUGGUUGUAGCAGUAUGGCUGGUUGAAAUCACAUGACGCAUAUUGUUCACUCUUCAUUAAUACUGAAUAUUAUUAGAGAUUAAUUCCAUUAUAAACUAAGGUAAUGCCACACAAUCUUAAGUGAUUUUAGGGAUUCAACAGAGCAAGGUGAUGUCAGGUGAUUAGUAUUUUUUUAAUAACUUGUUUUUUGUUUUUGUUUUGCGAAAAAAUUAAAUAUCACAUGCACGCAAAAUAUUCACACAGAAACACCUCAUAUUAUUGUAUGAUCUGCUGAGUUGUUUUCUUCCCCUGCAAUAGGAGGUGAAUGGAAGAGGCCACAGUGUGGUGACUGUGUUUGGCCACUCCCAUUUGCCAUGAGGGAGGGGUUUCACUCAGCUGAUUCUUUAUGGAAUGAACCCAGUCUCUUUAAAAGGGUCGAAGAACAACUGCAUAGUAUUGCUUUUAAUUUGCUUGAAUUUUCACUUUGUUUUACAAGCUUGGUUGACUGUUUCAGAAUUGAAUGUACUAUAAAUAAACUGAAUUUGAACCGUG